AUGAUCAGGUUCAAUGGUAUGAUAUGGGCAGCCUUUGUGAAGAUCACUUUCUUUACAUGUCGCAGGUGCUCAUUGAACUUCCGGCGAAUAGAAGAGAUUCAAGAUAUCCAGAUCAACAACGAUUCAACCAACGCUCAAGCAAAGGGUACCUCAGCUCAGACCAAAAGCCCUAGGCCGCGGAAACCUCCGAAUCCAGAAGACGACAUUAGUCAAUAUAAGCAAGUUCAAUUAGUGGAUGUCGAAUUCAAGAUUGGUCCGCCUACAGUAGACCAACUAAUUAUGGCAAGAGCAUUGAAAUUGAGCUCGGGGGACUUAUCAGACACUGAGUAUCUGGCAGAAAGGCUUGCUCUUGUCUAUGGCCUCUGUGAGGCAGAUAGCCUCGCUUUAUCUCAGAAGAUUGAUAUUCAGCAAGCCCGUAUUCAUUCUCUUCAACGCCAGCUUGUACACUCAGAUACCGAUUCGGAUACAGUACCGGACGUUGCAUCGAAGGGCAAGCAGACAGCCGAGGCUGACUUUCGUACUACCGAUCCGCGCGAAGAUGAACCUGCGAGUUCUGGUGUGCAGAAUAGCGAUGUAGGACGGGGGAUCUACAAGCGGACGGAGCAGGCAGAGGCGGAAACGAGGAUGCAGCGUGGUAUGACUAUCGCUCAUUCUAGAGCCGAGCCAGAAAACGAAAUUGUCGAUAUCGACGCUACCUGGAAUCCGGGUAGUUUUCGAAGAGAUGAUCUUCGAAGAAACGUCACCGGUCCAUUUGAUUUCGAUUUCUUCGCCCUCUCCAACACUACUGCUAGCCCCAAUCUGGCGGAGAGGGCCAAUCUCAUUAAUGAAAUCGAUGCAAAUUAUGACGCGGAUGAUGUAAUUGCAGGGCCAACCAUGAACUGUAAUCAGCGUUGGGACAGACUACAAGCAGACCCCGAGGCUCAGAAUGGCGAGUUUGACCUAGAUGGCUUGUGCCCAGAACUUACUGCAAAAGCAAAGUCGUCUGUUGGAUCAGUCGUCGAGAACAGAGAUUUUGACAGCAUCCUCAGGAAGUACAUGGGAGAUAUGGGUUGA